AUGGCAGCCACUGAGUUCUCUAUCCAACUGGCCUCCCCUCUAGACGCCCCGGUCCUCGGCAAAGUAAGCGGCGAUUCUUUCCUCACCGAUCGCCAUACUCAAAUGAAAGGCCUCGGAAAAGAUCCAUACAAUCUGGAGAAAUCAAUGGCAGCAGACAUACCCCGGCAAGCGACAUCGCCGAAUAUUGUCCUCCUAAAAGCAGUGGACAAUGUGUCUGGCGAAAUUGCAGGCUGGGUAUCAUGGGGCUUUCGAGGAUUCACAAAUGAACAAAUUGCAGACAUACGUCCUGGUGUCGUGAUUCCAACGGUAAAAACCGCUCCGGAACCUCCUGCAGAAGGGAAGAAAAUACCUGCAACAAAUAACCUGGUCAAGGCAGAAACAGACGCCAUUGAGGAUGAUCCAAUCAAGCAGCUAGAAACCAUGACGGACGCAGAUCUAAAAGACUGGAUGGACAAACUUAUGCCGGACGGCGCCAGGUGUAUGUUUGUCAUCUCCCUCUGUGUGGCGCCCAAAUGGCAGUCGCAAGGAGUAGGAUCCGCGCUCUUGCAGUGGGGCACAGACAGAGCAGAUGCAGCAGGAGUCUUCAUGUGGGUACACUCGUCGGCGGAUGCGUGGCGAAUGUAUGGGAAACAUGGAUUUGAAACCAUUGGCACACUCGAUAUCGACUUGGAUCAGUAUGCUCCUGCGCCCUCGUCGGAUAAUGAGGGGAGGUGGGGGCAUUAUAUGUUUCGGUAUAUGAAGAGGGUACCUCACGUUAGCCAGGAAUAA